ACGCGCUACGCCACAGAGCGCGGUAGAAACCCAGAGGAUCGCGAGGUCCCAUCGUAGAGAGUCGGUUCUCCGCCGGGUCCGCUGCUCGUCGCUCGACUGAUUUUGACAUGAGCCUCGGUUCCCGCGCGUUCGUCAGCUAGGAAGGGGAACCUUUUCCGGAAACCAGACUCGGUGUACUGGUACACCGUGGCAGAGCGAACAAUGGAUAUGAGAAGAGCAGAGGCUAAGUAGCAGGCUGCAGGUACAGAAACGGAGACGGAGGGGAAGAUUGGAAAGAGGCGUGUGGCCGACAGAAAGCGAGAGUGAACGUCAGGGAGUUAGGCACGGAGGGCAAAAGUAAGGUACGGGAGGGUCGGCCAUUGUGACAAAGUCGCCGGGGAGAAGUGUGGAGUCGAAAAAUGAGGGAGCAAGGUUUGUCGAAUGUGUGGCGGCUGGCGUGGUUGCUUUGUCUUGUUAUAGCGACGAGCUUAGCGCAAACGGCGCUGGUCUGUCCGUCUCACAGCGAGAUCGCGCCCUGUUACUGCAGCGUGAAGAAAUCCGGCCUGGACAUUGUGUGUGAGAGUACCGAUCUGACACACAUCACCAAGGCCAUGGCCGUGCUUAAAGGAAGGCCAAACCUUAUGAUAUUCUAUCUUAGGCUCAGGCACAACAAUCUGCCCAAGUUGCAAGGAUACGUAUUUCUCGGGCUCGACAUACGCCACCUCACCAUUCACAAUAGUAGUCUCGCAGUGCUUGAAGAAUCUUCCCUUAGUUCUCUUGGAACGGGAUUGACACAGCUGGAUCUUUCCCAAAAUUCACUGAAUAGCGUUCCAUCCCAUGCUUUGAAAGACCUUCAUCAUCUCUUGAUUUUGAAUUUAAAUCGUAACAAAAUCACAGCCAUCCACGGUAGGGCUUUUGAAGGUCUCGACACACUCGAAAUUCUUACACUUUAUGAAAACAAGAUUUCUACCAUAGAAGCAGAUGCGUUCAAAGGACUCGAUAACCGGAGACUCAAAAGACUUAACUUGGGCGGAAACGAGCUCACAAGGAUUCCAACUCAAGCUUUAUCUUCAUUAGAAUUGUUGAAAAAAUUAGAAAUGCAAGAAAAUCGCAUAGCUACCAUAAAAGAAGGAGAUUUCGAAGGAUUGAAAGCGCUCGAUUCAUUAGGAUUGGCGCACAAUCACCUUCGUGAGGUCCCGGCGCAUGUAUUCUCCCACUUGACGCAAUUAAACUCUUUGGAACUCGACGGAAAUCAGAUUACCCAUGUGGAUGCCAAUGCGUUCAUCGGUCUUGAGGGUAAGUGUAUUAACCAAAAGCUCAUCAGAUUUUAUUUUAAUAGACUCAGUUCAUUUCGUGCGAUUUUAUUUAUCUUAUCUCCUUUUUGUUCUUUUACCUUUCGCGUAGAUAACCCUUUGAUUUGCGACUGCGAUCUACGAUGGUACCCCGCGUGGCUUGCAAAUCUGCGCGACAAGGACGACGAAAUGAUGUCAAAGAAGCGGACAGUCUGCACGAUGCCUAUGGAACAUCGCGAAUAUUCCGUGCAGAAUAUUCCGCUCGAAAGGAUGGGCUGCGCGGGCAAGAACGCUGGGAAAUUCUCGUCUUCGGCUACCGGAUGUAGAGUGUAUGUCGACGCGACACUACCGCUGAUCGUUCUUACUGCUGCGAUAGUGUAAUCUCGCAAGGGUGUGCGGCAUCGCGAUGAGGAACUAUCGACUUUUCGUUUUGAUGUUAGUCGAGAUUAACAAUCACAUUUGUCUCUGUUAAGCGAUUAUUGUAUAAUUUAUAGUUGUUGCCAUACACACAGAUCAUAAUUUUUCAAUUUUGUUAUUUAAUUCUACAAACAAAGAAUUCCUUGCUCUUCGGGGUAAUCGUGACGCGAUAGCGGAGACGUGUCACGAUUCCACGAUAGCCAGCAGGAAUUGAAACGCAACUCUGUCAUGUAACAUCGUCAUAAUUUAACACAUUCGUGAUUAGACGUGGCCUGUCAUAGAAAUGGCGUAAGGGAGCCGCGACACGAAAAGUCGGCGUGUUUAUCGCGAUGUUCGUUCAUCAUCAUCGGACGAAUCAACAUAUUCGAUCGGACGCCGACUAACAAAUCCAUGGCAUUGUUAUCCCAAGAGAUUGUUACAAUUCGGAACGAAUAGGAAGAAAUGAUCGAUCCCUUCGCCCCUUGAGAAGUUGCUUUUUUUAUUUCCCCGAAGGUACGCGAGGGCAGAUAUCUGUUUCGAGGGCGAAGAGAUAUAUUUAUGUGUGUAGCGAUGAUUGCUUUUCUGUGCAGACACGCGUCCAUGCGAUGCGAUCGCGCGUGAACAAUCACGUAGCGUUUGAUAACCGCGACAAUCUUUCGAGAACUGAAUAUUUUAAAUUUUUUCCGGAUAUUCGCCGGGACAUUUCCGCGAUAUUUUUUUUAAUUACUGGAAUGCCCCGCGAACACUUAGUUUGAUUAGUUUACAAUACCCGCAUGACAAUCUAUUUGUUAUCUACAAGACAGUUUACUGAAAUAUUUAGAUUUAAUCGAAUUUUUUAAUUGAAACAUAUUUGAAGUUUUUAAGUUUAACUCGAUAUGAAGUUACAUGAUAUGAAUUAAUUUAUUCUCGUAAUGAUGCGUGAUGUUUAACUUGAGGCUAUGUCACAUGCCUGAUUUAUUUGCUGCUUUUAAUCAAGCCCACGGAAUACAAUUCGCGAAAGUACAACAGCCAUAUUAAAA